AUGUCUGAUCGCACUCACCCUACCUCCUUUCAAGCAAGACCUCCUUCACCCUCCUCGCCCGCCGGGUCUCUGAAAGAGAACAUCCGGUUCCCUAUUUCUUCGGACCACAUUCCCCAGACCCCGAUAUCACCUCCGUUGAUGUCGGUGAGCGAACCAAGUCAUGCCGCCAACUUCAUAUCAUCACCGAAUCAGGCGACGGUCCACUCUCCGAACAUCUCCUCCCCUCCGUCCUCUGCGCCAAUGUCUACCCAAGUCUCCCAACAGCCCACAAUGAGCACCACCAAUGCAUUCCCCACUCCCGCCAGCAGUGUCAGUGGACACCCUACUGCGAAUUCGGACGAUGUGGAUCAGGGGAGAAAAUCUUUCAAUAUGGGGAUGCAGGACUCGGCAGAAAACUCGGGAGCAAGUCCCGCUCAGCAAUCAACACAGCACAGACCGACCGACCACGAUCGGCAAUCUUUUCAAACAGACAGCACUGACUUUGCCACCGGGCAAGGUCAACAUUCGACAGACUCCGACGCUAUGGAUAUGAAUAAAGGGUCGACUCGGGCAGACACCCUCAGUCUCGAUCUCGAUUCUCUUCAGAAAGAGCUAACCUCGACUUUUCAUCUUUGCAAGAGAUCUCCGAUCGUUACUGGUCCCGACCCUACAGUGGAUCUCGUCUCUCUCUAUGGGUUAGGCCCGAUCGCACAUUCGGUAGCACGCAUGGAUCCGGUGACAGGGGAGAAGAUCAACCGCUUGAGGAAAUCAUACGAAGGAAAGCUGAAAGGACUGGGACUCUCUGGGCGAAACAAACCCGUCAAGAAGGAGAUCGGUACCCCUGGCAGUCUGAGGUACAUGACUCUAUGGCCUGAAGAGGAAUGGCAGAACCAAAAGGUGCAUGGCAAAGCUAUCAAGGUCUCAGACAUGGAUUCGGCGCUACAAAAUCUCCAAUCGCGAGCCAUGCAAAUGGAACCCGGACCGAUUCCUAACAACGAUUUCUGGGAAGAUAUCUUGGGUCAUGAAAAGGCGGCUAAGAAUCCAGCGCCAGGCGAGCUUGGCAAGAAGGCUCCUCCCGCUCCUGCUGGUCGCUUCUCUUCCCAAUCCUAUGUCCCAUCUCCGCAACCACAGGAAGCAGAUCGGCCACGGCCUAGCAGGGGUCGCAAAAGACAUUAUGAUGACAAUAGCUUUGCCGGCUAUGGCGAAGGGUUUGUGGACGAUGAUGAUGACCCCGGAUUCUACUCGAACGGCGAGGGAACUGGGAAGAAGAAACGCAAGAAGGGUCACGUCGCUAAGGUGUCAACCCCUAUGUCCGAAAGAAGCGCUAGCUACGGGGUAGGCAUGUUCGGCAUUGGGGCCAGAUGA